UAUGUUAGCCGGUAAAAAUGCGACGAUUUUAUUUUGAUUUUGAUCUGCACGUUUCCAAAUAAAUUAGAAUAGAAUUUACGCAGUUGUAAUUUUAUUAUCGAGACCGACUGAUAGAUAAUUAACGUGAAGCACUUUAUUAUACCAAUGAAUUAUUGAUUUUUUGGUGAGUAAAUUUUGAAUGCUUGUUUUGAUAAUAAAGUUAUCACAUUAAUAGUUAUCAUAUGUUAUGUUGAAGUACCUAUUACUUAGUGUCGAUUUCUUUUAUUUGCAGGACAAACAAGAUUACGAAAUGAAGCCAGGUACCAAAUAUUACCUUGCAUUGUUCCUAACGGUGACCACCUAUUUUGGAGCUUCCAAGAUCUUGUUCGAUAAAGUUAAUGAAACUAUACAUGUAGUGAUAGAUGAAUUAUUCCAUAUACCACAAGGUUUAGCAUUUUGUCAGUACAAUUUCACAUACUGGGAUCCUAAAAUAACAACAUUACCUGGACUUUACUUUGUGUCAGCAGCAUUUUUAGGCAGUUAUUUCCCCUGCAACACCUACAAUUUACGUUUCAUAAACUUAGCAGCAUCAUGUGUGAACCUUAUUCUGUUUGCAUCCAUACUGAAAUUUGUGUAUGGAGCAAAUGAUUAUAUCAAAACUGUAAUUCAAGCUUUAAAUUUAGCAUUGUUACCACCUUUGUAUUUUUUCUCGCAUGUCUAUUACACUGAUACACUGUCGUUAACUUUUCUGUUGAUAUUCUCUAGGUUAUGUUUCACAAAUAGACAUAAAUUGUUGAUAUUUAUUUUUGGGUUGUGCAGCGUUUUCAUGCGUCAAACAAAUAUAAUUUGGAUAGCAAUGGUGUUUGGUCAUAAGGCACUUGAUAUUUUUAUACGUAGUUCUAGAGUAUUCGGUAAUCAAAGUUUGACUAGAGUUAAACUAAGCAAGGCUUCUCUAAUAGCUCGUGAUGUUGAUUCAUCAAAGCUUAAAAGAUAUUAUGGACUUGAUGAUUUCCUUGUAGCGUUCAAAUAUCAUGUUUCUACAUGCAUGGUUACGUUUUUCAAGUUUCUUUCUCUGCAAGAUGUGAUGAUACUGUUCACUCAUAGUCUUAUAUUGAUGUUAUUUAUAGCAUUUAUAUAUUACAAUGGUUCCAUAGUUGUUGGUGAUAAGGAUGCUCACAAAGCCGUAUUACACAUUCCUCAAGUAUUAUAUUUUUUGCUUUUUUAUGGAGUUUUUGGAUUACCAUAUGUUUUAAAUAAGUCUUUGUCUACACUUAAACUAAUUGCUACAAACAAAAUCAAAGUUAUUUUAUUUGGUUUGUUGUUAGCAGUGAUUGUUCAUUAUAAUACUGUAAUACAUCCAUAUUUAUUGGCUGAUAACCGACAUUAUACAUUUUAUGUAUGGAACAGAUGGUUUGGUAAAUAUGAUUUUGCUAUUUAUGCUACAAUACCUGUAUAUAUAUUUUUACUAUUCAAUUUGUAUGAUAAUUUAUGUAAUCAGAAUUGUAUAUCUUUUCUAUUACCAUAUUCAGUUUGUAUGUUUGUAGUUUUAGCAUUACAGAAAAUGAUUGAAGUGAGAUAUUUCUUAGUUCCAUACAUUAUUUUGAGGCUCAGAUUUGUAAAGGCAUCAAACUUGAUUAUAACCUUUGAGUUCUUGUGGUAUUUGAGUAUUAAUUUUGUCACAUUUUAUUUGUUUUUCAAUAAAGAGAUAUAUUGGAAAGAUUUCGAUUAUGCUCAAAGAUUGAUCUGGUAACCAAAAAUAUGUAAAAUAGACACAAAAUAAAAUAUUAGUAAGAUAGUAAUUGUAUUGUAGGAUUGAUAUAUAUAUAUAUAUAUAUAUUUUUAUAAUUGAGCAAUUGAAUUGUAAUUUUCGAA